AUGUCCUUGGAGUGUGAGAGGAAAGUGGAGUAUCUGGAGGAAACCCAUGAAGAAAACUCGGUGGCUGCAAAAUCCGGUGGUUGCUUUCCUGCUAAUGCUAGCGUCUCUUUGGAAGGUGGUGGUACCAAAGCAUUGAAGGACCUAAGGCCAGGGGAUCGGGUGCUAGCAGCAAAUGAGGAGGGCAAGCUGGUUUACAGUGACUUCCUCACCUUCUUGGACAAACAGGAGAGUGUGAAAAAGGUCUUCUAUGUGAUUGAGACCCCUGAACCCAAGCAGAGCAUCCGACUGACAGCUGCCCAUCUUAUCUUCGUGUUACAGAGCUCAGCUAAUGGCACCAGGUCUUUCAAGUCUGUUUUUGCCAGCAACAUAAAACCAGGAGAUCAGGUGUUUCUAGCUGAUCAUACGAUGAUGGAUCUGAAGGUGGUGACAGUGGACAAGGUCCACCUAGAGGAAGACAUUGGAGCUUAUGCUCCUGUUACUGCUCAUGGAACAGUGGUCAUCAAUGGUUUCCUGGCCUCUUGUUAUGCAGUCAUUGAAGAACAUAGCUGGGCACACAUGGCUUUUGCCCCGCUCAGAUUUGCCUUUAAAUUUUUCUCCUACUUUUCCCCCAAAGACUACUACAACCCACCUUCCACGUACCUUCAUGUUGAAGGCAUCCAUUGGUACUCACAACUCCUUUACCAGUUAGGAACUUGGAUCUUGGAUAAUGACUCUCUUCAUCCACUGGGUAUGUCAACGAGGUCCAGUUGAAACAUUUCUCAGUCAUUCCAUUAAGACAUUCAUUUUUAAUGUAGGACAGUCCAAAGUAGACACUAAGGAACCCCAUCCCACAUUUCUUUGUCCUUAUUAUUUUUGUAUUAUUAUUUUAUUCUUGCAUCACAUUGUACGUUACUUUCUUUUUGUUCUCUUCUGCUGAAUAUUUAUUUGUGUGUUGUUCGAUUAGAUGUUAAAUAUGAACGGGACAUACAAGAAGCCUUAACUAGUUUCUUUGAUAAUUUAUUGUCUUGCGAACUUUCCAUGAACUCGUGAAAGUUCUCUGUGUUGAUUCUAAGUUAACAAAGCAGAUUCUAUUUUUCUACGUGUUGAGUUGUCUUAACUCUAAGGGAUGAUUUACUCAAGGGUGCAACUUUUACUUCAACUUAGGAGACUUACCUUUAGUAAAUCUACCCCUUAGUACUGUUUCGUUACUUUUGUCUUUCCCUCACCGUCUUUGACAGACCUCCAUUGUAGGUGUCCACAAGGGGGUUUACUUGGCCUGGCUGUCACUGAAAGUGUUAAAUAAUUGUGAGAAAUUACUUGUCUCAGUGGGGGGGUCAGUAAAUUAUAUUUUUAUACGCAGAAUUGUAAAUUAGAAUUUUGUUUUUCAGAGAUCAAUACUUACUGAACUGCAUUUCUUUUCUUUUAUUUUUUGGAAAUAGUGUACAAUACGAGAAUAUAUUAUUUUAAUUUAAAUAGUUUCACAACGUAACGUUAUCGCAUAUUCUAUGUCUGUUUUUUUAUGUUUUAAUAUUUUUUUUCAUUUGUAUAAACUUGCAUCUGGUCACAUUCACCUAACCCACAGACUGUUACACAACAUUCCAUUUUUUAUCAGUUUGUUUUCUCUUUGACACAGUAGGAAUCUUGUAAUUUUACCUGCAAAUAAUUUAUUAGAAAGUCAUAUUUUUUAAAACAAAAUACAAAGCGCACAUAGAUGAGGACCUCCAGUGGAUGAAGACUGUUGAUUUGCAUUAAUAAAUUGAAUAACCGCUGUAAAUUUACUAAAAUGUAUUUUUUGGAAUACUUUGUAAUAGCUUUAAUAGUUUUAUAGAAAUAAAGUGUGCUAUGCACAGCUUGCUUGUA